UCCGUGGGCAGCGGAGCAGAAGGUGCAGCUCGCACAGUGCUCCGAGCGCAGAGAUGGAGGGAGAGCCGAGCGGCUGCGAGCGCGUCUAAACCGGAGAGAGAGAGGGACAAACCAUGUUUGACCCUGAAAAGUGAACAUCUUCACCGCAGAGCCAGGCUCGUCUCGGAGACCCCAGCGCCAUGAAAGCAGUCCUGCAUUGAGCCUCUCCUUGGUGGGUUGGCAUGGCCCAGUGAUGAACGGAGCGGUGGUGCCCGGUAGCCCGGAGCUCUCCUCCUCGUGCCCACUACCUGACUGGCGAGAGUUCUGUGAGCUUCAUGCUCGAGCCUCGGCUGCAGACUUUGCUGACAAGUUCCAGCGCUUCCUGUCAGAGAACCCGUGCUACGACUCGCCCGGGGCAGAUGCCAGCUUCUCACAGCACUUUGCCCACCACUUCCUGGAGUGCUUCUCUGCAGCGCUGACCCAGGCCCGGGAGAACCAAGCGACCUCGCCGGGGGAGGACGGCUCCAACGCGGCACCCAAGUACAGCAUUGUUCCUUUCCUGGGAAUCCAGGGCUGCCCACUGUCCUACGGUCACGACCUCUACCAGAGACGCAAGGACGCCGGGGCUUCAAGUGAAUCCCUGGACAGUAUGGACAGCGGAGGGGGCGGGAUAGAUGGCGGAGGCAAUGGCACCACUGCCUCCCGAGGCUCCCAGCCAGCCCACAAAGUUUCUGCUCUGGGACAGUCCCGCAGCUCAGAGGACGUGUCGGUCAGUCACCCAAAAGCUCGCUUCAAGAAGGGCUUCUCCCUGAGGAACAUGAGCCUGUGUGUGGUGGACGGGGUGAAGGAGAUGUGGCACCGACGGGCCUCCCCUGAGCCCGACGCUCCCUCUGGAGCCAGAAAGGCUAACGGGGGAGGAGGAGGAGGAGGAGGGGGCGAGACUGCAGGGGGAGAGAAGUGGUCCCAAAAGCUGCGGCUUCCCAGGGGUUCCCAGGGCCACAAGGCUGAGCUGCUGGAAAUCCAGAGGGAGGGAGCACUGAGGUACAUGGUGGCUGAUGACACAAACUGUAUGGGCGCAGCACAGUGGCAGAAGUGCCGCCUGCUGCUGAGGAAGGCGAAGAGGGAGGAAGGAGGGGAGAGGUUCCUGCUGGAGUUCUACGUACCACCCAAGUCCUCAAAGCCCAAAGUGAGCAUCCCUCUAUCAGCCAUCGUGGAAGUGAGGACCACCAUGCCGCUGGAGAUGCCUGACAAGGACAACACCUUUGUUCUUAAAGUGGAAAACGGGGGAGAGUACAUCCUGGAAACCAUUGACUCGCUGCAGAAAAACUCCUGGGUUGCUGACAUCCAGGACUGCACAGACCCGGGUGACAGCGGCGAUGAUAUCGAGCUGGCGUCCUGUCCUCACGGUCAGGCCUCCAAAGACUGCUCCAUGGUGGCCUCUUGCAGCUGUGAGCUGCUGUCUGAGGGUGUGUAUCGUGCUCCGGAGAGGUCAUGUCCUACAGCAGCGGAGCAUUACAGCGCCCCCUCAGUCCGUUGCAGGGAACCCCCCUUCACCCAGCACCCCUCUCACAUGCCUUUAGAGCGCUUCCUCCAGUCCCCAGAGGCCCAGGGCUCCAACUCUUCUGCUGGUGGCAGUGAAGGAGCGAAAGACUCAGAGGGCGAUGCCAGCUUGGUGGGUUACCCGUGGUUCCAUGGCACGCUGUCUCGCGUGCGUGCAGCUCAGCUGGUGCUUGCAGGCGGGGCCAGGAGCCAUGGGCUCUUUGUGAUUCGUCAGAGCGAAACACGGCCGGGCGAGUACGUCCUUACCUUCAACUUCCAGGGAAAAGCCAAGCAUUUGCGCUUGUCGGUGAAUGAGAACGGGCAGUGCCACGUCCACCACUUGUGGUUCCACACUGUGUCGGACAUGUUGAGACACUUCCACGCCCACCCCAUCCCCCUCGAAUCUGGAGGCUCAGCCGACAUCACAUUGCGCUCCUAUGUACAAGUGCAGCGAAGCUCCGCCACAGAUGUGACCGUGCCUCCAGUCCUCACCCCACCCAGGGAAGCCGGCUGCCGGAUAGAUUCAGCCCAGCCAUCCCUCCACCCUUCUGGAAUCACAGCGCCUGCAGGGCCUCCUCCUGAAACGCCGCUUUCCUCAAGCACCUCCUCGUCACCCACCACCCUUCCCUCCCUCUCCCGCAGUGACCCAGGUACUGGAGGAGGAUUACAGAGCCGGAGCAACAGCUCUGAGCGCCUGCUGGAGGCUUCUAGUGGUGCAUCUGAGGACUACCACGACGCUGAUGGGACUCGCAGGGCCCGAGCUGUGGAGAACCAGUACUCUUUCUACUAAACCACGCAGGGCAGGGUUCAGUCGUGUAUUUUCCGGACUGGAUGAGAUGCAGAAAGAUGGAGGUGACAUGGGACGCUCUGCUAAUGAUGAAAAUGGUCCAAAUCACUGGAUCACCCAUUGUUUUGAUUCUGUGUUUUUGUUUCAAGGCAAUUUCCUGUUUCUCUGAUUUGAAAAAGGAGGUGAGAUCAUACCGAGCCAUGUGUUGACGCUGAUAAAUCCCUCAAGCUCAUUGUUUCAGACUCCGUUGUCAAGGAUGUGAGUAAAAAGACAUACAGAGGGCAACAGGUAGACAAGGAGAGGUUGAGAUGGAGAGGGAGAUUAGACCUAGAUGUAGAAUAUGGAAUGGAGAAGAUAAGUGUAGGCGGAGAAAGAAAGAUGUCAUCCAGUGGAGUCACGUGGCUUUGAUUCACCUCUUCUGACCACUUCCUGUUCACCCUUGCCCACAGUUCCCUGUGUCACUAUCCCGCUGAAGGACUGAGAGUUUGAAAUGACCCCGAAGAAACAGUCCCUCCCUUCAGAGCUCCACCGAGCUCCCGAGAGCAUCCCAUUAAUGUUUGUAAAGCUGCUCUGAGUCUGUCCCGGAUAUCCUCGCUGUCCCUGCGGGGUUUCCCUACAAAGUCCUGCUCUGGGUCUCUGCUCUAAACUAACAUCAGUACAGCAAUCAUGGGUGUGUGUUAGCUCGGAGAUGUUUUUCAUAAACGUGUACAGCCUAAAGGGUCUUAGUGCCUGACAAUUACCUUGGAUUUGAACGGACUGUUGCCUAUAGUGAUUAGGAGGAUGUUGUUGACAUUAUCACAACAGCCCAAAAAUUAAAUGCAGGUGGUUAUUUUACUGUCAGUUUCUGCUUAAAACAUACUGAACACGCAUAUCUCUGAAUACUGAAAUGGUUUCGUUCUCAGUUUUAUUGGUGGCUGCAACUUACACACAGGGGGUCAUAUGUUGUGUUACAGAUCAGUUUCAAAAUGUUGAAAUGGAAGAUGAACAACACAAGUUCAGUCUUUUCAAAUAUGGCAGGGUGGCUCCCAUUUUGGCGUCAUAUUUGGUUAUUUCUAUGAGUGUGUGGUGGUGUAUUAGAGUCCAAAUGUUUUUCAAUGAUCUGUGUGCUACAAAUGUGUUUCUAAAACAUGGUUUCCCUCCAGGCUCCCUCCGUCUGGUGCUGGUUCUGUAUUCAAGCUCAUCAUAUCGAUAACAUGUAGAUUAGAUAUACUGUUAAUAUUGGAGUUCACUUUUAAGUAAUGCCUUGAAAAUAUUAUUAUACCAAAUCCAGCAGAGGGAGGAACUUGGGACUUGUUUUUCAGAGGGGUUACAGUAUCUAGUACUGUUUGUGCAGCCUGCAGGUGAACCUGUGGGUGUGUACUGGAACGGUACAGUUUGUAAAAUAAAGGGGUACUAGAUGGCCAUGCUUGAAUAGAAAAGAAGUACUUUAUGCUUACACAGUACUGAGAUUAGGCGGGUUUUUUUGGUAAUAAAUCAAAAGAAAGCCUAAUUUUCACACAACCAAAAUAUUUGUUACUGUAAGAACUGACACCUAAAUAUUUAUUGUAAUACAAAAUAUCAGUUAAAAUAUCCUCUUAAAGGAAAAGUUAGACAUUUUGGAAAAUACGCUUAAAUUAAAUGAUUAAACGUGAACAUUGAUACCACUCUCAUGUCUGUAACAAAUAUGAAGCUAUGCUGCCGGCAGCCGGCUAAUUUACCCUAGAUUAGCAUACAGAGUGGAACAGUGGAGUCAGCUAGCCUGGCUCUGUUUCACAGUCAACAAAAUCCGUCCACCGGCUCCUCUAAAGCUCACUAGUUACGAUGUAUCUAAUUUGUUUAGUCCGUAAAAAUGACAAAUCCCUAUUUAAUGGGGGGUUAUGUGCAAGACCAGCCCUUGGUUGGGACCAGUUGCUAGGCAGCCAGCGGAGACUCCCUUGUAUGAAUCGCCUCGUAAAACGGUGACUACACUUUCAUUUUUGCACUAAUUAAACAAACAAGACAUAAUAUGUUAAUUAGUGAGCUUUAGAGACGCUAGUAGGUGGAUUUUAUUACUUUUAGAGAGAGCCAGGCUAAAUUAGCCAGCUGCAAGCGGUAGCUUCCUAUUUACCGUACCCACGUUAGUGUGGCAUUAAUCUCCCUAUCCAUCUCUCAGCAAGAAGACAAAUAAUCGAAAUUCCCAAAAUGUUGAAAUUUUUCCUUCAAAACCCAUUAGAUACGUCUGAAAACAUAAACACACACACACACACACCCUUCAAAUCAUUGCAGGCAGGCAGGCAGCAAGCAGCUCCUGUAUUUCAAACGUAUGCAACACUUUUGUUCAGUCGGAAUAAACAUAUCAAGCAUAUGAAUAUGUCAAGCAUGGCCAUUUAGCUUCGAAGGUGAAGGUUCAAGUUCAGUCGUGGGACGGACGGAGCAGUUCAUGUGCCAAUUUGAAUCCUAUUUUUGAAGCAUAUUUAUUUCUCAGCCGUUGUAAAUUACAUUUUUCCUAUUGAGUCUUAUUUAUGUACAACUGAUUUUCUUCUUCUUGAUGAAACAUCCUCAGUAGAACCUGUCAGUCGCCACAGUCCAUCUCACCUAUCACAGAUUUGCUUGUGUCUCCCUUUUAUUUUCUUAACACUUCUUAAAGCUAAAUCUUCUGUUGUCUGACUGAGUUUUGAAGAGUCUGUGCAAUUUUGUACAAAGUGAUGUACUUGACAUACUACUUUAUAUUUCUGUGAAUAAAAUGUGAACAAAC